AUGGACCUCUACUCUGCCGCCUGCGAAAACUUCGGUCUGGUCACUAAAAAGCAGAAGACAAAGGACGUGCAUCAACCGACAAACAACACAGCAACUCCAUACAACGCGCCGCAAAUCAGCGUAAAUGGAACCCAAAUGCAGGCGGUGGACAAAUUCCACCACCUGGGCAGAACCCUCUCCCACAGCACGAAAAUUGACGAUGAAGUCGCCCGCCGGAUUUCGAAGGCCAGUCAAGACUUCGGCCAUCUCCAAAGCAUAGUUUGGAAUCGCGACGGUCAUCAGCUCAGCAUGAAACUGAAGAUGUACAAAGCAGUCAUCAUCCCGACGCUGCAGUAUGGAGCAGAGACUUGGAUGGUGUACACAAAGCAGGCACGCACACUGAACCAAUUCCACCUCAGUUGCGUUCGUCGCAUCCUGAGGCUGAGCUGGCAGCAUCGAAUCCCCGACAUUGUGCACCCAGCACCAACAUCACCUCCUCCGUAGCCGACACCGAUACCGCCGUCUUCUCAUGCCCACACUGUCCCCGCCCAUUCUCCUCUCGUAUCGGACUGGCCGGUCACUUGCGUAUUCAUCGCACAGAGACUGGCGAACCAGUGCCUGGAGCACCCAUCUACACCCACCGCAAUCGCCUCCACUGCCUACAUUGCCCUCGUACUUUCACGCAUCGCAUGGGCCUAUUCGGCCACAUGCGCAUCCACGACGACCUGCGGUAGACAACCGCCGGCUACACUACACCAGAACACCCUCCCUCCCUGCCUCCACCACCACCCCACCACCCCACCGCACAUCAACACUCACCCAAAAGCAAGCACCCAACUGCCACCUACCACGCAAGUGGGAAGUGCGCAUCUCGACUCGGUUCCCCGCGGCUUCGGCUGCACGGGCGCCUUGAGUCUGAGACUAUCCUGACAAGUGAAGCGUCGUGGAUAGGAAGGCUGCUGAUUGACGUCCCCACUCGGUCCACGAAGUCUUCCCGUUGUGUGUGUUGUGUGGAGUGGCGGACUGGUGGGAUGGGAGACGGGCUGAAAUAGCACCUUCCACGACCCUCUCACGCAAGUGAGAGACAGGUCGUUCAACCUCGUGUGAAAUCCUGGUGUAUGUGUGUCUGGGGGGCCAGGUCGUGCACGUGGCGCACGCAGGUAUGGUCAGUCGACCGUGUCAGCCACCGCGCCCAUUCCCCACUCCAGUCUGCCGACCGGCUCGGACAGUGGCUAGGGUGUGGGAAUGGGAACGGAGAGUGAGGUCGACGACUCAGCGCACUUUCUCCUCACUAUAAACAAUCUGACGCGCUUGUAACUAUCACUGUGCGCUAGAAGCGGUGGCUUGGGAGGUUGCCAACUUAGGAAUAACUUGGACCUCUUAUACUGGAGGUCUGAGAGUCAGGCUUCAAUGUUUCCUUCUUAAUGUGGCCUCUAUGCCACUCCGGCUGUGGGAGAUCCGAGCCAGGCGUUGGCGGCACGUCUAGGUGCGACUUCUGCCGUGCCAAUCUCCACUCUCUGUUGUGUUGGCGAAAAUCCUGGUUAUUUGUUUGUGGACCAGGGGGUGUGGUGGAGCGCCAAGGCGAGGAUCCGUCCGAACCAUCCAUCUGAAACCUCCCUCGUCUCCCGCACCUGGGCAAUACCCUCUCCCACAGCAAGAAAAUUGACGAUGAAGUCGUCCGCCGGAUUUCGAAGGCCAGUCAAGACUUCGGCCAUCUCCAAAGCAUAGUUUGGAAUCGCGACGGUCAUCAGCUCAGCAUGAAACUGAAGAUGUACAAAGCAGUCAUCCUCCCGACGCUGCAGUAUGGAGCAGAGACUUGGAUGGUGUACACAAAGCAGGCACGCACACUGAACCAAUUCCACCUCAGUUGCGUUCGUCGCAUCCUGAGGCUGAGCUGGCAGCAUCGAAUCCCCGAUACUGAUUUACAGGAACGGACGGGAACCCUCAGUAUCUACACCAUGAUCAGACUAAUGCAGCUGCAUUGGAGCGGUCACCUGGUGCGCAUGGACGACGAGUGACUACCCUGCCGACUCUUCUACCUAGACGUCGCCACGAGUUUUCGCCGCCAAGGAGGCCAAAUUCUUCGAUACCAGGAGCCUGAAAUCCUCCCUGAUGCGUCUGCAAAUCAAUCCGGCCAACUGGGAAGACCUCGCCCACUACCGAUCGACCUGGAAGAGGAAAGUGAAGACAGACGCUGCGAUCUACGAAGCCAACCGCAUCGUUGUCGCCAAAGCGAAACGCGAAACACGCAAAUCACAGCUGCGUGCACUCCGCAACGAAGACCCACAACCGCUUUCAACUUGUCCUCGGUGUCAACGGACAUUCCGGGCACUAACUGGACAUGUUGUACACGUUUGGAUCAACUGCCCCUCUCCGAUCGCACCAACCGUCGUCUCUCCGCCCGCCUCUUCCUCCUCCUCUCCGCCGCCAACUAACUCUGACUGCUCUUCCGAACCACCAUUUCCAUCCUCCUCCUCCUCCUCCUCCUCCUCCUCUAGUGUCAUAACUUCUGCAAAAGCUUAA